AUGGCCUUCUUGUUCCCUAAAUUAUUAAACGUCUCGGUUUUGGCCCUUGCUGUCUACUUUUACAUCUUUGCUGAAGUUCAAGCCGCUCCAAUUGAUAACUCCGUUUCUUCUAAAAAGAACAUUAUCUUUUUGGUUGGUGAUGGUUUGGGUCCAAGUGGUGUUACCUUGGCUAGGUACUUUAGACAAUACAAAGAUGACUUGCCAGUUAAUGAUUACUUGGAGUUGGACAAGUACUUGAUCGGGAUGCAAGGUCACAGAUCCAAUUCGAGUUUGAUAACCGAUUCUGCUGCUGCUGGUACUGCAUUAGCUACAGGAAAGAAAACCUACAAUGGUGCGAUUAGUGUUGAUGCUGAUGGGUUUCCAGUGGGAGCUGUGGGAGAAGCUUUGAAGUUGCAAGGUUACACUACUGGUGUUGUUGUUACAACAACUGUUACUGAUGCUACUCCAUCAGUUUGGUUUGCUCAUGCAAAGAACAGAGGUUCCCAAAAUUUGAUUGCUGAACAAAUGGUGGGCGAGAUUCAUCCAUUAGGAUUUGUUCCUUCAUUGAUCCUUGGUGGAGGAAGAGAGUAUUUCCACGGUUUAGACCAAGGCGGUUUGAGAAAGGAUAACAGAAGUUUGAUUGAAGAAGUGCAAAACAAUGGAACAUGGAACUAUAUCGGUGAUAGAGCUGGAUUCGACGCAUUGGAUGAAGGUAGAAAUGUUGAAUUACCAUUGUUGGGCUUGUUUGCUGAAGAUGACUUUCCCUACAGAAUUGACAGAGAUGAUUCCGAGUACCCCAGCUUGGUACAACAAACAAGAGUUGCGUUAAAUGCGUUAGCCAAUGCUACUGCAGACUCUGAACAAGGUUUCUUUUUAGUUAUUGAAUCUUCAAGAAUUGAUCAUGCUGGUCAUGCUAAUGAUUCACCGGCUCACGUUGCUGAGACAUUAGAAUACGACGAUACAAUUGCUGAGGUGUACAAGUUUAUUCAAAACACUGAUGUUGACACAAUUGUCAUGGCCACUGCUGAUCACGAAACUGGUGGAUUGGAUCUCAUGUCAACAUCUUUUGACACAUAUGACGCUAUUAGCAAUGCCACCCAUUCCGCUGAGUUCUUGUCCAAUGCCAUCUCCGAUUUUGAAGACAAGGAAAACACGGAGUCAUUGAAUUCAUUCAUUAGGUCAACAAUUUUUGAAGAAGGUUUAGGCUUGGGAAACUACACUGAUGAAGAGGUUGAUAGAGUUGCCAAUUUGGUUGCUGCUGGUAGGGAAAGCAGUUUAUUGACGACCAUUUCCAAUUUGACUGCUUCAAGAGCUGAAACUUUUUGGGCUUCGAUCCAACACACCUCGGUUGAUGUUGGCAUGUACGCUUUUUCAAAUUCCCCAUACUUGAUGCAAAAAGUGUUAAACACCAAAGAUGGCUUGGCUGGGUUCCAUGAAAACAUUGACUUUAGUGUUUUCAUCAAAUCCAUUGCUGAAAUUGAUUUAGGCGAUGUGACAGAAAAGAUUGCUGAUAUUGCAAUUGAGUACUAA